UCAGAUGAUCUCAGAAAGGGGGAGAAAAUGACUAUGAUGGCUCACCAGUCCUCUUCUUGGAUCUUCAUCAAUGAGAGGACAUUCAUUACCAGGGAACAACUUAAUUCUUUAUUGAAGACCUAUAACAUCUUUUAUAGGAACCAGAAAAACCUGCAUAUUUUAUAUGGACAGACUGACGAUGGUAAACUAAUUGUUGAAGGAAUGCUAGACAUUUUCUGGGGAGUAAAGCAGCCUAUACAACUGAAAAUACAAGAUGAGAAGCAAAUCCCUUCUUUCACUGUGCUGAAGUCACCAGAUGUCUUUUCCAAAAGGGGAAUGACACGCUGGGGAGAAUUUGAUGAUCUUUACCGUAUUAGUGAUUUGGACAGGACUCAGAUUCCAGUGUCUGGAGCAACAGAUUCCCAGGAAGAUUAUUUAUCUUAUCACAGUAGCACUCUGAAGCUUCAUGCAGAUGAAGAACCUGAAUCCCCAUUGCUCUAUAGAACCAUGAGUGAAGCAGCCCUGGUGAGAAAAAGGAUGAAGCCUCCGACGAUGGACAGAAAGGACAGACAGAAGCAUAGGGCCUCUAUUAACGGACACUUUUAUAACCAUGAAACAUCAAUUUUCACUCCAGCCUUUGGAUCAGAAACUAAGGUCAGAAUAAACAGUAAUAUGAGAACUGAAGAAGUAAUAAAGCAAAUUCUUCAAAAAUUUAAGAUUGAAAAUAGUGCCCAGGAUUUUGCACUUUACAUUAUUUUUGCAACAGGAGAGCAGAGACGGCUAAAGAAAACAGACAUUCCGCUACUGCAUAGACUCCUACAGGGACCAUCCGAAAAGAAUGCUCGCAUUUUCCUCAUGGAUAAAGAUGCAGAAGAAAUUAACAGUGAUGUGGCUCAGUAUAUUAACUUUCAUUUUUCUCUCCUGGAAUCCAUCCUUCAAAGAUUAAAUGAAGAAGAGAAAAGAGAGAUUCAAAGAACAAUAACAAAAUUCAGUACAGAAAAGGCUAUCAUACUGAAAUGUCUUCGAAGUAAACAGGUAAUAAAAACAGAGACAACAGUUUAGCAAUACAGGUCACUAUUGCUAAAACACUUCAACAAACUUAGAAGGGUGUUACAACUAUUUG